UGGCUUCAUCCUUUUAACUCUGCCCUCUCAGUUCCAUCUCGAGAGACAGGUGACGGAAAUGUUUUCACCUGGCUGAUGAGAAGAACAACUCAUGGAGAGCCCAAGUGCAGAGACCUUCGUGGAUGUGGACAAAGGCAUCUGUAUUGGUUUCCUCUCCCUGAUGUGCUUUUUCCUGAUGUUGAUGAUGGUGAGGUGUGCGAAGCUGAUUGUGGAUCCUUACACUGCCAUCCCGACCUCUACAUGGGAGGAGGAGCAGCUGGACUGAUGCCCAUGACUGCCCUGCCUUCACCUGUGACAAUGGCAGGAAAUGACUGGGGUGAA